AUGGAAAUACUAGAAUUGGCCAUUAAUGGAGAAUUAUGUGUGACAAAGUGCAAAUAUAACCUCAAUGGGAGAUCUCAGUAUUCAACACCACGCGUUGGCAAAAUGUUUGAUGCUCCACCAGCCUUACCUAAAGCUGCCAGAAAGGCUUUGGGAACUGUCAACAGAGCUACAGAAAAGUCAAUAAAGACGAAUUGACCUCUCAAACAGAAACAGACAAACUUCUCUGCCAAAAAAGUGACGGAGAAGACCAUUAAAGCAAAAAGCUCUGCUCCUGCCUCGGAUGACACCUAUCUAGAAAUAGAAAAAUUCCUUCCCUUCAAUCCUCUCGAUUUUGAGAGUUUUGACCUGCUGGAAGAGCACAAGAUUGCACAGCUCCGCUUGAAUGGAGUGUCUCUCAUGAUGCUCGAUGAGGAGAGGGAAUUUGAAAAGCUGUUACACGUGGGACCCCCUUCGCCUCUGAAGAUGCCCUUUCCACUGUGGGGGUCCAAUCCGUUGCUGUCUCCCUCAAGCAUUCUGUCAACUCUGGAUGUUGAAUUGCCACCCAUUUGUUAUGACUUAGAUGUUUAAGUUUCUUAGGGCUUUACAGCUUGUGUGUAUGUAUUAAUAAAGCAACUCUUAACAGA